AUGCCGACCUUGCGCAGGGUGACAACGAUCUCGCUUGCGACGCUGCUCGGUCACGAAAGGAUUCAAUUUCAUCACCUGCGGAGCGCUCUCGAGGCAUGUCCCAAUCUUACAAACCUCAUUAUCAAGUGGAAUAUAUCCUGGCACCAGCGACUUCAGGAAAGCAACUCCAGACCCAUCACGCUGCCGCAUCUGAAGCACUUUGCGUGGGUUGAUAUGCCAGACAUGCUCGGUGGGGGUUGUCGUUUGGACAUUCUUUUCAACGAUUUUUUGCUGCCCGAGGUCGAGACCAUCACGUUCCGGGAUGCAACCUUGUUCCUUCUGCACGAAUGGGCUACAGCUGUUACUCCCGCCAAACCACACUUCACUAUGGCAUUCGUGUCCAGAGACGGUGUCCCCGUCAACGUAGGGCCAUUGGUCCCCCUAUCCAUAGGGAGACCCGUGGUGAAGUUCCCGAGGCUUUCGACAUUUCGUUUCCAGGGCUCUCUUGCAUGUCUCCGCGACGAAAGAGAUCAAGAGGACUUUUUUGCCACAUUAUCGAGCGUCGCCAACAUUUACCUGGACGCCUCUUGCGUUCUUGACUUCCUCAGGUCGUUGGUCGAGACCAUCAAUCGCCACAAUGUCUGGCCGCUCCAUCGACGUCAACAACGCCGCCUCAUCAUUCCGAGGUGGUCUUCUGCCAUCGACUAUGAUGAGCUUGUAUCACUGCUUGCUUCUCCUGCUGCUCGUCGGCAGUUCAGUGUGCUGUGCACUGGUCAAGUCGAUUUCGAGCGGUACUGUCUGCCUGCGAUCCAGAUGGAGUUGCGGGAGCUCGUGGACAUUGAGUUUGAAGAACCGGACGAAUCCCUUGACUGGUUGGACACGCGGAUUGUAGAGCAUUAA